AUCAACGUAGUUUCAACAUAGACUACAACUCCGCUGUUGCGCAUCGUAUCGGUUACCACAGCUUGCCGUUUUAGCGAAGAUUUUGUGCCUCCUGAUGGUGGUGAUGUGCGGGGCGGUGCCGGCGAUGGUGCGCUCCGUGAGUCUCUACUCAACUUGCAGCAGCGGCAAUGUUACCGUAAUAGGCCGCUCGAUCAAAGCAGUGGGACGCGACGAUUACAAUGCACCCUACCAGAAACUCACCACACAAUCGGAAGAUUUCAGUAGGAAGCUGUACAUCUUCGCGGAGAAGAGCCAACGAUACAUUUGCUUCAAUAAGCGGUGGAAACUCGUCGGCCUGCCGAAAAAACAGAAGGGACCGAUGUGCCAGUUUUACGAGGUGUACAACGGCUCCUAUCUGAGGUACAGGAGCGCCGUCGACGGGACGCGGUAUAUCGGGUUCAAUAAGUUCGGUAGGCCGAUGAAGAAUCCCCACGGCAGGCAAGAGUGUUUCAACUUCAUCAAGUACAAUCCCCAUGCCGACAUAAACCACCACAACAGCCUGGUGAACGCGGAGAUGGGCGGUAUGGAGCCGCGGGAGCCGUACGUCGUCUCGAGGAAACCGUCGCCGGUGAUGAGGGCCACGAAGAACUCCCUGUUGCAGGCCGACAGUGCGAGGGGGCACGUCCACACGUCCACGCAUCGCCAUCGGCACUCGAAUCGCUGGAAGCAUCUCUCGCAUCGGCAGGACGGGGUAGACUCGGGACCCCGGAGACGGCAUGAGAGCCGCCUCCUCGUCGAGGCCAGCAAGUAUUGAGCCACGUGGGAGCUCGCCGAUCAAGACUGCCUCCUCUGUACCCCGUGAGAACCUGAGAUCAGAACUGCCAAAUACGCUGGUGGAUCGCACGGUCGGGAUGUCAGGAGCCCACUUAACGGCGCGGCGCCUCGUGUGUCGCGACUCGAAGCACCACGUAUUCGUUCGAUCGGUCGGCGAAUCAAGAGCGCGGGCGCGGCUCGCUCCGAGCACACACGCCUUAAGCUGCGCCCGUUUAGUUUCCGUUUUCGCCCGCCGGAGCGAAGCAAUGUUCCCGCGGCGAGGACGCGGGUGUCGUCGUCGAGAUUAGCGUCCAAGAUCGGCGAUGGACUCCCGCCGGCGAAGCUAUCUCAAUUUCACGCGGUUAAGUUCGAUUUACACUUGCCCCGACUGAUCUCUCUUCAGGCAAGUAUGUACCUCGUAACGUAUAAGAGCGUUUUCUUUCUCAUCGUUGAUUCCUCGUGGAUUUAAUUCGCGCGCGCGCGCGCGCGCGCGACGAAUAUCGCUCUGUCUCUUUUUUACUCACACUCUUUCUCUCUCUCUCUCUCUCUCUCUCCGUCUAUCUAUAUCUCUUUCUCUUUUUUUAAUCUCGUGACGAAGCGUGGCCAAUUAGUAGAAAAUAUCUUUCUUUCGAUGCUGCGCGUCGUGGUAAACGCGCGACACCGCGCCGGCUAUGUAAAUUCAUUCAAGCCGUUAUUGCUUGGUCGAUCGUUUGGAGCGACGCAAAGGAAUUCACAUCGCGUAGAAAUCGUAGCGCAACCGAACGGCUGCUGUGCUUCGAGCGCGGUCACCGGCCCGCGAUGGUAGCGCAAAGAGCCGCGCGGAUGGCGCACGCCGACGGACAUGCUGUUUCCCAAUUUAUUUGGCAAAAAUAAUUCGUCUUUUGGAUACAUCAUGAAAUACAGAA